AUGCCACGGCAAUUGGGCAAAUACAUGCAAUCCUGUUGGCACCAGAAUCCAAAUCGUCGACCAACUUUCGCCAGUUUGGUGAUUAGCCUGAGCCAGUUGAAACGGGAGUACUGUGAGACCGCAGAACUUUCUUCUCCUACCGAUUCGGGUAUUCUCUCAAUGCCUCGUCAACAGAUCAGCAAACCCUCUCUAUCAAAUUCUCCAAAUUUUCAAGAAAUUCGAGAAAAUUCUAGAUCUCGCCCAUCCUCCUCUGUGACCACUCCUGUUCAAACCCCAACAGAAAGCCAAUCAUCUCAGAUCAAUGUAAACUCCCAGGGAUCUCGCUUGCCUCGAAUAAAACCGAUUAUGACUGAUGAUGAUAUUCAAGUUGAAUUACCAGCGGAGAUGACCUCUCCAGGCAACACAUCAACAACAACAACGACAGUAACAACCGUUAGAAGGAAUUCUGAUGGUGGCGAAAGUUUCUAA